AUGUCAGAAAACGAGAAAGAGCUGAAUUUAUCCUUCCUUGACCGACAAUCACACAUUCGCAUAUACGGCCGCUACUAUAUUGUAUUCCCUUUCCCUGACACAAAGCACGCAAAUGAAGCAAUCGAUUCACUCCGCAUGGGCUUCGAAGAGGUAUUGAAGCGAUUCCCUUACCUUGCUGGAACAAUAAAUAUGCCAUUCAUCGCCAGUGAUUGUCUUCAGGUGCUUUUCCCCGAUUCUAUCGACCCAGAAGAAGAAGCGGCCCGCGUUUUCACUGUAAACUUAGAUGAGACUGCCAACACCGAUUAUCACUACUACGCACUGGAGAGGACGUAUUUCUCACCAGAGAAUCUUCCUGCAAAGGUGUUUUGCCCUGCUUUGAUUAAAAACCAUCCUGGGCUAGAUGAUGAUGACCCAUAUGCAGAACGAAUGACUAAUCUAAAGAGGGGCCCGCUCCCUGCUUUUGCUGCCCACGCAACGUUUAUACCUGGAGGCUUAGUUCUGAGUGUUUGGUUUCACCACGCUAUCACUGAUGGAGCUGGCAACGCGAGGAUCCUAGAGGUGUGGAGUGCGGCCGUGAAAUCUUUGAAUAAGAACGCUCAAGAGACAGAACCCAGUAGAAUCAGCUCAGAACCAAUCACAACGCACAAUGCCAUAGAUUUAAAUCUUGCUAGGGGUGAUCUCGAUACCCUUGCACGAGGGUUGAACGUUGAGCCUACCAAUCCACAGGCUGAAAAAGUGCUGGGACGUUCAGCAAAUUCGCUUCACGAGUUACCAUACAAAGUCGUCACAAAGAUGUUUCGCUUCCCAAGUUCAGUCAUCAUUAGCCUCAGCAAAGCCAUGUCUCAGCACACAGAGAAACAUAUAUCCCACUUUGCUUCUCUAGCAGGAGUCGUCUGGGCUAACAUCAUCCAAGCCCGCCUCCCAAAAUUCAUCACGAUCGGCAACACCAAAUCAACCUUAGCCGUCAUCGUUGAUCUCCGAAAACAUCUCCCUGAACCCUUCUCAUCCUAUGACUACCUAGGAAAUCUAGUAGUAUCCAAGAUGCCCACAUGGGACCUUUUCGAAAGCGGCAAUAGCAUCACAUGUCAAAACGUGUCGAUAGAAACCGACUUAGAAGACGAAGUAGAGCACGCCAUGCUCCUCCCCACCAUAAGCGUUGCCCGCCUCCAAAUCAGCACCCAGAAUCUCGCCUCUUUCAUCACAGAUAUCAACGACGCUGUGCACGGCGUCGACGAAAAAUGGAUUGGCAGGAAAUUCAAUCAGAUCCUCGCCGAUCCCGUCCAAACCGAUCAAUCUGUUCUUAAGUUUUCUAAUGGACCUGAUCUCUACGUUACCAGCUGGCAGCAUAUGGGCGCCGAUCGCGAGUGGUGUAUGCCUGGCACUGUGGAUGCCCAGCCCGCUGCUAUCCGGCGCGCGGCGUGGGUGAGUGAGGGCGGUAUCGUAGUGUUGCCUAGGAAGAGGGAUAUAGAGGGGAGAAAACCAGCAGCGUAUGAGGUUUUGGUCAGUCUUGCUGAGGAAGAUAUGAAGGGGUUUGAGGAUAGUCUUGCAGAGGGGAAGUGGUUGGUGGAUAGACAGUAA